CAGAACAGCUUGCGAUCGCUGUUCUGUUGUUGGCCUAGGGGGCGCGCGCAGUCUUCCCGUUGCGGCUGUCUCACGACGUUUUGAGAUUUCGUUUAUAAUAAGAGGGGAGACCUCUGGUCAGAUACAUCGCCAUGUUUGAUCCAACCGAUCCCGAUUUUGAGUAUCUUGCGGUUGACCGCAAGAAGCUCUUGAGGGAGCAAACCCAGACCUUCGAUGGCAAGAAGAACUGCUGGGUUCCAGAUGACAAAGAGGGUUUCUUGGCCGCUGAAAUCCAGAGCACCAAGGGUGAUGAGAUCACAGUCAAGCUGGUCAAGAACAAUGAGACGAAGACGUUCAAGAAGGAUGACAUCCAACAAAUGAACCCACCCAAGUUCGAGAAGAUCGAGGACAUGGCCAACAUGACUUACCUGAACGAGGCGUCUGUCUUGCACAACUUGAAGACCCGUUACAGUGCUGGUCUGAUCUAUACCUACUCCGGGUUGUUCUGCGUCGCCAUCAACCCCUACAGACGUCUGCCCAUCUACACACAAAGCAUCAUCGACAAGUACCGUGGCAAGAGGAAAACUGAGAUGCCGCCCCAUCUCUUCUCCAUAUCUGACGCUGCAUACCAGUACAUGUUGCAAGAUCGUGAGAACCAGUCCAUGUUGAUCACUGGGGAGUCUGGAGCCGGUAAGACUGAGAACACGAAAAAGGUUAUCCAGUACUUUGCAGCCGUCGCUGCCUCGCAAGCGAAAAAAGAGGAGGAACCUGAUCCCACCAAGAAGAAGACCGGCUCCCUGGAAGACCAAAUCAUUCAAGCUAAUCCUGUACUGGAAGCCUAUGGUAACGCUAAGACCACCCGUAAUAACAACUCUUCCAGAUUCGGUAAGUUCAUCCGAAUCCACUUCGGAACACAGGGCAAGAUCGCCGGAGCUGACAUCGAGUUUUACCUACUGGAGAAGUCCCGUGUGACCUUCCAGCAGCCAGCGGAGCGUAACUACCACAUCUUCUACCAACUGACCUCCAACGCUCUUCCACAACACACGGUACGUGUUUCAACGGCUAACAAUAAAUUGUUGAUCAGCCCGGAUGCUGGCCUGUACUCCUUCAUCAACCAAGGCUGUCUGGUCGUAGAUGGUAUCGACGAUGUGGAGGAAAUGAACGUCACCGAUAGUGCCUUCGACAUCUUGGGCUUCACAAGCGACGAGAAGCUGAGCAUGUACAAGUGCACCGCCGCCAUCAUGCAUUUCGGAGAGAUGAAGUUCAAGCAGCGACCCAGGGAGGAGCAGGCUGAAGCCGACGGCACCGCUGAGGCCGAGAAGGUGGCUUUCCUACUUGGCAUCAACGCUGGCGACCUGCUGAAGGGUCUGCUCAAGCCCAAGAUCAAGGUCGGCAAUGAAUACGUGACUCAAGGACGCAACAAAGAUCAGGUGGUGUACUCUGUGGCCGCUCUGGCGAAGUCACUGUACAACCGCAUGUUUGAGUGGCUGGUCAAGCGUGUCAACAAGACCCUGGACACCAAGAACAAGCGUCAGUUCUUCAUCGGUGUGCUGGACAUCGCCGGUUUCGAGAUCUUCGAUUACAACAGCUUUGAGCAGCUGUGCAUCAACUACACCAACGAGCGACUGCAGCAGUUCUUCAAUCACCACAUGUUCAUCCUGGAACAGGAGGAAUACAAGAAGGAAAACAUCGACUGGGAGUUCAUCGACUUCGGUAUGGACUUGCAGGCCUGCAUCGAUCUUAUUGAGAAGCCUAUGGGUAUCCUCUCCAUCCUUGAAGAAGAGUGCAUGUUCCCCAAAGCUACAGACAAGUCUUUCCUGGACAAGCUGAUGGACAACCACAUGGGCAAGUCUCCCAACUUCGGCAAAGCCGGAAAGCCCAAGAAGGCCGGUCAAGUACAAGCUCACUUUGAGCUCCAUCACUAUGCUGGCAGUGUGCCAUACAACAUCACUGGGUGGCUGGAGAAGAACAAGGAUCCCCUCAACGAGACUGUGGUCGAGCUGCUGACUCACUCCAAGGAGGCCCUGGUGCAGACACUGUUCGUCUCUCCUGAUGCCCAAGAGGGUGGCGCACCUGCCAAAAAGAAGAAGUCCACCGCUUUCCAGACAAUUUCCUCCACACACAAGGAGUCUCUGAACAAGCUGAUGAAGAACUUGUACAGCACCCAUCCCCACUUCGUGCGUUGCAUCAUCCCCAACGAGAACAAACAGCCUGGUGAAAUCGAUUCUCACCUGGUGCUGCACCAGCUGCAAUGUAACGGUGUGCUUGAGGGCAUCCGUAUCUGCCGCAAGGGCUUCCCCAACAGAAUCAUCUACUCUGAGUUCAAACAGAGAUACUCCAUCCUGGCUCCCAACGCCAUCCCUCAGGGCUUCGUGGAUGGCCGACAGGUGACGGACAAGAUCCUGACGGCCCUGCAGCUGGACACCGCCGAGUACCGCCUGGGUACCACCAAGGUCUUCUUCAAGGCCGGUGUGCUGGGUAUGCUGGAGGACAUGCGUGACGAGCGUCUGUCCAAGAUCAUCUCCAUGUUCCAGGCCCACAUCCGUGGCUACCUCAUGCGCAAGGCCUACAAGAAACUGCAGGACCAGAGAGUGGGACUGUCCGUGAUCCAACGCAACAUCCGCAAAUGGUUGGCACUCAGGAACUGGCUGUGGUGGAAGCUGUACUGCAAGGUAAAGCCACUGCUGAACAUCGCUCGUGCUGAGGACGAGAUGAAGAAGAAGGAAGAGGAGCUGGAGAAGACUAAGACCGAGCUGGAGAAGACGGAGAAGCUGCGCAAGGAGCUGGAGGAGCAGAAUGUCACCCUGCUGCAGGCCAAGAACGACCUGUACCUGCAGCUGCAGGCUGAACAGGACAACCUCGCCGAUGCCGAGGAGCGCAUCGAGAAGCUGGUGACACAGAAGGCCGACUACGAGCAGCAGCUGAAGGAACUGGAGGAGCGUCUGUUGGACCAGGAGGAUGAGGCUGGCGAGAUGGGCGAGAAGAACAAGAAGCUUCAGGAAGAGGUUAAGGAACUCAAAGCAGACGUCGAAGAGCUUGAGAACAACCUGGCCAAGGCAGAGCAGGAGAAGCAGACUAAGGACAACCAAAUCAAGACUCUGCAGGACGAGAUGGCUCAACAGGAUGAACAGAUCGCCAAGUUGAACAAAGAGAAGAAGGCCAUGGAGGAGCUGCAGAAGAAGACCCUGGAAGAUCUGCAGGCCGAGGAGGACAAGGUCAACCACCUGACCAAGCUAAAGACCAAACUGGAACAGACCCUUGACGAGCUGGAGGACAACUUGGAACGAGAGAAGAAGGUGCGUGGUGAUGUGGAGAAAGCCAAACGUAAGCUGGAGCAGGACCUGAAGGCCACACAGCAGAACGUGGAGGAACUCGAGCGCGUGAAGCGCGAGCUGGAGGAGAAUGUCAGGAGGAAAGACAUGGAGAUCAACGGCCUCUCCUCCAAACUGGAGGACGAGCAGAACCUCGUGGCCCAGCUGCAGAGAAAGAUCAAAGAGCUGCAGGCUCGCAUUGAGGAGCUCGAGGAGGAGCUGGAGGCUGAGCGCCAGGCCAGGGCGAAGGUUGAGAAACAGAGGCAGGAACUUGCACGCGAGCUUGAUGAACUUAGCGAGCGUCUGGAUGAAGCUGGUGGCGCCACCUCAGCUCAGGUUGAGCUGAACAAGAAGCGCGAGCAGGAGCUGCUGAAGCUGCGUCGUGACAUGGAGGAGAGCGCCCUGCAGCACGAGGCUCAGAUCGCCGCCCUCCGCAAGAAGCAGCAGGAUGCUGCCUCCGAGAUGGCGGAACAGAUCGACCAGUUGCAGAAGGUCAAGAGCAGGGUUGAGAAGGAGAAGGCACAGCUGAAGGCCGAGGUCGACGAUCUGCAGGCCCAGAUCCAACACGUCGGCAAGAACAAGGGCAUGUCCGAGAAGAUGACGAAGCAAGUGGAGGCUCAGCUGAGCGAGCUCAACGCCAAAGUGGAAGAGGGCGCCCGCGCCAUCAACGAGCUGCAAGGCCAGAAGGCUCGUCUGCAGCAGGAGACGGCCGACCUCACCCGCCAGCUGGAGGAAUCCGAGCACCGCGUGGGCAGCUCACCAAGGAGAAGACGCAUGGCAGUCCAGCUCGAGGAGGCUAAGCGCAGCCUUGAGGACGAGACCCGCGCCCGACAGAAACUCUCCAGCGAGGUCCGCAUGACCUCUGACCUGGACGCCCUGCGCGAACAGCUGGAAGAGGAGCAGGAUGUCAAGGCCGAUCUGCAGCGCCAGCUGUCCAAGGCCAACACCGAGGCCCAGCAAUGGAGAGCCAAGUUCGAGGGCGAGGGUGCCGCACGUGCAGAAGAGCUGGAGGAGUCGAGACGCAAGCUGCAGGCCAAACUGCAGGAGGCUGAGCAGGCUGCUGAAGCCGCCAAUGCCAAGGUCGUUGGUCUGGAGAAGGCCAAGGCCAGGCUGCAAGGCGAGCUGGAAGACCUUAUGGUUGAUGUUGAGCGUGCCAACGCCAAUGCCAACAACCUUGAGAAGAAGCAGCGUGGUUUCGACAAGACAAUCGCUGAGUGGCAGGCCAAGGUCAAUGACCUCCAGGCCGAGCUGGAAAAUGCCCAGAAAGAGGCUCGCGGCUAUUCCGCUGAACUCUUCCGCGUUAAGGCUCAGGUUGAAGAGGCCAACGACACCAUCGAAGCCUUGCGCCGUGAGAACAAGAACCUGGCUGACGAGAUCCACGACCUCACAGACCAGCUCAGCGAGGGUGGACGCAGCGUGCAUGAGGUUGAGAAGGCUCGCAAGCGCCUGGAGCUGGAGAAGGAGGAGCUGCAGGCUGCCCUGGAGGAGGCCGAGGCUGCACUCGAACAGGAGGAGGCCAAGGUGCUGCGCUCGCAACUCGAGAUCUCCCAGGUUCGCCAGGAGAUCGACCGCCGCAUCCAGGAGAAAGAGGAGGAAUUCGAAAACACUCGUCGCAACCACCAGCGCGCACUGGACUCCAUGCAGGCCAGCUUGGAGGCUGAGUCCAAGGGCAAAGCCGAGGCCAUGCGUGUCAAGAAGAAGCUGGAGCAGGACAUCAACGAGUUGGAGGUGGCCCUGGACCAGGCCAACCGCGGCAAGGCCGAGCUGGAGAAGACAGCCAAGAAACUCCAGCAAUCUCUCAAGGAAACCCAGACCCAAGUGGAAGAAGAACAAAGGGCUAGGGACGAGGCACGUGAGUCCUAUAACCUGGCCGAGCGCCGCUGCAAUGCCCUGACUGCCGAACUUGAGGAAAUGCGAGUUGCCCUGGAACAGGCCGACCGUGCUCGCAAGGCCGCUGAAAACGAACUGGCCGACGCCAACGACCGCGUCAACGAGCUUUCUGCCCAGGCCACUUCCUUCCAAGCUCAGAAGAGAAAGCUGGCCGACAUCCAGGCCAUGCAGACCGACCUUGAUGAGGUGAACAAUGAACUGCGCAACUCCGAGGAGCGCUCCAAGAAGGCCAUGGCUGACGCCGCACGUCUGGCUGACGAACUGAAACAGGAACAGGAGCAUUCUCUGCAGGUGGAGAAACUCCGCAAGGCACUGGAGAGCCAGCUGAAGGACAUGCAAGUUCGGCUGGACGAGGCUGAGGCCCAGGCUCUCAAGGGAGGCAAGAAGAUCAUCCAGAAACUGGAACAGAGAGUACGCGAGUUGGAGGUCGAGCUUGACAACGAGCAGCGCCGUCAUGCUGAGACUCAGAAGAACAUGAGGAAGGCAGACAGGAGGCUGAAGGAGCUGGCCUUCCAGAGCGACGAGGAUCGCAAGAACCAGGAGCGCCUUCAGGAAGUCAUCGACAAGCUCCAGGCCAAGAUCAAGACAUACAAGAGACAAGUGGAGGAGGCUGAGGAAAUCGCUGCUGUGAACCUGGCCAAGUUCCGCAAGGUGCAGAACGAACUGGAGGACGCUGAAGAGCGUGCCGACACCGCCGAGGGAACUCUGUCUAAGCUCCGCGCCAAGAACAGGUCUUCUGUCUCGGUGUCUCGCACUUCCGCCAGCCCUGCGCCACCGGCAUUGUCAGCUGCCGCUGCCAGAGGCAGGGAACGCGCCCCUUCCACUGAUUAAAUGCUCGCCCGCUACUACACUCUGCGGGGAUCCACGACCGGACUGAACAGUUCCUUCCGUUCAGCCACACCGUCCAAUGAGGGGGACUACGAUGACUACUAGAUAAGGACACCAGUCACUGACAACGACCAGCAUCCACUGCAAGCCAAGGCCCACGUCCCUUUUUUUUCUUUUCUUUCUUGUGUUAGCCGCACCAACAGAAGAGAGCAUUAUCUACGAUGCAACUUUCAUGAUCAUUUGGAAGACUAGUGUGGAUGGAUCCCGAAGAGAGAGACAAUAUGAGUUUUUUGUUUGUUUUAAAGUGUACAGUGACAUUAAUGUUUCUCUGUAAAAGUGAAACUGUUUCUAGCUGUUGAUGUUUGUCAUUUUUCCCUUGUGCGUUCAUAUUUCUGUGAAUAUUUUCAUUGGAACAACCAAAUCUGGUGGCCGUUCGUCGGAUGCGAUUGAUGUGAUAAUAAUUUUCUUGUGGUUUUCUGCCAAACACAAGAAUCCUUAGUGCAAUUCAGGAAAUGGCGUCAACGGCGGACAAAAGCUUUCUUAAUCUCUGUUCGUUGAGGGAAAACGAUAUGAACUGGAGACUUGUAUGUGAUUAUAUGCUCUUAGAUGUUAAGUUUGAUUUUUUUGCCUAGAUAUUUAUUACACGUAUGAAAACUUGCAUUAAGUUAUUCGUGUGAUUUUUGCCCAAAUUGUGGGUGCUCAUAUACAGACUGAACAUUGCAUCAGCAGCUAUUUGCAGUGACAAUUUCUUUCAAAGUUCCCUCAUUGGACGCCGUUGUAGAAACAGACUAGCUUUCAAUGCGGGGUGGUCUGUUUCUACUGUGUUUAAAAUUUUGAAAACACUUUAAUAAUUAUUUCAGCCGCAUACCAGUGAAUAAAGAGUCUGUCCAAGCAAUUUUAAA